AUGAAGGAUGGUACCCAGUGGGCCGAGCUGGCUGGCCACGACUAUGUCUUGGAUCUGAUUUCUGAUCUGGAGCUGAUCCGUGGUUUCCCCAAGCAGAAGUCCUACUUCAUCCUUGCUUCUGAAGACCCAGAGAAAUUCACUGGUGGCAAAUUCUACAGUGAGCUCCUGUUUGUCACCAUCCCGUCGAAGAACAUGUUGGAGUUCAACCUGGUCCAUGAGAAGUUGAUUCUCUUCUCCCCCAAAGCCGUCCAGGUAAAGGCUUUGAUCGACCACUUCAUCAUGGAGCUCAAGAAGGACUCCCAAUACAUGGUUGCCAUUAAGAACCAUAUCACGGAUGCUGAAAACCUUCUGAGUUUUCACAAGGGAGACAUCAUUUGCCUGCGACCGAUGGAGGGCCUGGAGCCAGGUGAGAAACCUAAUGGGUAUCCCAUCCAGGAGUCACUCAUUGGAUUCACCAACAGCAGCUUGAACAAAAUAGCAGCAGAAUCCUUCCAGGCUGUGAUGAGGUUUAUGGGUGACCUUCCACUCAAAGGACAAUCUGAGCUGGAUGUGGUCUAUGCUUUGUUGAAGCUCUGUGGAGACCACGAGGUCAUCCGGGAUGAAGUCUUUUGCCAGAUCCUCAAACAGAUCACGGACAACGUCAGCAGCAAGACGGACAGCUGCCCAAAAGGAUGGAGGCUUCUGUACAUCCUGAGUGGCUACUAUAGAUGCUCCGAAGUCUUCAAGCCCUACCUUCUACAGUUCCUCCAGGAGGUCUCUGCCCACCCUGGUUUGCAUUUUCAAGGCAUCGCCAAGGCCUGCGAGCAGAAUUUGGUGAAGACUUUCAAGUUUGGGGGACGCUGUGAGUUUCCUAGUGCCGUGGAGCUCCAAGCCUUGGUGAGUUCAUUCACUGGAAUCAUUGAUGAACUUUUGUCUGUUUGUGUAAUCCACCUCAACGUCAAUGUUUGGGGUCCACAUAAAGCCAAAAGACAUCAGAACGUCCGGCCUUUGGACAGGCGGGAGUACAUCCUGGAUGUCACCCUGGAAAUGGAGAACGUGGGCAGCGGCUACAUGUUCUGGUACCGGCGCGUGAUUUGGGCCCAGCCGCUGAAAUUCGACAACGAGCUUUACGUCACCAUGCAUUACAACCAGGUGAGACCCUUUGAGGAAAUCCCCGUCAAGAAGAGCCAUAAGGUUCUCCUUCCUACCACAGCCAUAGUUGGGGACAUUGGCUUCUCCAGUGGAGAGAAUGUCCAGCAAGGCAUCGGAAGUACUGAAAGUGCUCAUAGAGUUGUCAUGGAUGUUGUAGCCCAGUGUGAGAUUGUGCAGGAACUGGGAAUUCUUGUUUUGCAGUUGAAUGGGAAAAAGGAAUUGUAG